AUGCCGCGUGAUUUGGAAGACGAGAAGCCGGUCUCGACCAUCGACAGCCCGAAAAGUGUGGCCACCGAGCGGACUGAGAGCCCAGAGCAGGAAGAAGAAGAAAAAGACGAAGAAGAAAUGUCAUCCCCGUCGACGGACCGCUCGCGCCGGUUCGUGAUCAUUCCCGAGAGUCGGCGGCAAGGCAGGGCGACCACCACCACUCUUCAUCCAUACACCAGACCUCUUACCAUCUCCGACUUGGAAUCGUGUCUUGCGCUCGAGAACGCUGCAUUCACAAACCCCGAGGAGCGGGCUUCGAGAGAAAAAUUCAGGUACAGACUUACCCAGUGCGGCGAGAUCUGCUACGGACUCUUCUGCACCGUCAUUCCCAAUGAUGACUUCAAGGCCGAAACUCUCCAGGCCGCAAAACCCGUUGAGACCGGUCGAGGAAACGGGGCCGUCACAGUCCUCCUCGGCCAUGUUGUCUCAACCAAGACAACAGAUGCCGUAGCUACCGAUGCUUCAAUGAGUGUACCCGAGGACUGGGAGGACCCAUCGCCAAAACCUUCAAGACUUGGCCACAAGGAGGCUGGACGGAAUAUCGUCCUGCACUCUGUUGCCGUUCUACCUGGCUUCCAGGGGCGGUCUAUUGGAAAGACUCUGAUGAUGUCGUACAUACAACAUAUCAACAGUGCGGGUAUCGCUGAUAAGUUGUCUUUGAUUGCGCAUGAUCACAAGACAAGAUGGUAUGAGAAUUUGGGCUUCACCAUUGUUGGGCAGAGCGAAGCCCAAUUUGGAGGUGGUGGUUGGAUUGAUAUGAGCCUACAGUUGAGGUCACUGGACCGCAGAACUGCAUAUGGCUAA